AUGUGGGAUAAUCGCAGCACCGUUGACUUCAUCAAGUCACUCUUUCGAGUAUGCGGGUUUGUUGAGCCUGAUCUAGAGGAGGGCGUCCAUUGGAUGAGGUAUAGCAGUACCGGAAGGAAGACACCUCCCGGUAUCCUCGUUGCUGAGCCCUCUGGUGCCACGACAACUGUUGACGAAGCCGACUCCCAGGUCCUAGGUGGCGAAGAUGAAGAAAGUGAUAUAAGCGAAGGGGGAAUGAUGGGGAUUAUUCUUCCUUUGCUGAAGAAGACCCCCUCGCCUUAUCUGAUGACGGCUCGCUCGAAACACUCUCGCUCGAAACACUGUUCGAUGAGGACGAAGCAGCUCAAGAGGAAGAGAAGGCGGCCGUUCCAACUUGGUGUAUCAUCUCUUGAUCGCCCUCUCUGCGACAUAAGAUAA